GUGUGUGUGUGUGUGCGGGGCCUGGCAGCGGGGGUAAAAAGCUCGGUGAACGUCGUGAACAAGCCUCCGUGUUGGCCACAGUUUCCCCUGCACUCUUACAAUGACUGGAUGGAGGUUGUACUUGGAGGUGCUUGUUUGAGCCAUUGCACCCAAAGAGGACUGCAAAAGACAAAACCGAGGAAUUACCAACUACAUGGGAGGGGGGGAGAAACAAGGAUGUAACAAACCGCAGAGCAAGAAUGUCAAGUGGAACAAAAGAGACUUCUUGUUGUUGUUAUGCGCCUGAACAACUGAACUAACCAGCAGCUAACCCGGCUAGCCGAGUUAACUUCAGCUUUCUUUGCGGCUUGGAGCAUCUUCGAGGAGUGGAUCUCAUUGACAUUUACCAGCCAUGGCAGCGGUGGUCAGCUAUUCUCCACCGUGGUGGGUGAAUAUCCUGCACAGACUUCCACAUUUUAACCUAAAGUUUGAGCAAACCAGCAGUGAUUUCCAACCAGAGGACUGGACAUAUCAACAGUCCAUCCUGUUGCUGGGAGGUUUGGCUCUCGCCUGUCUGGCCCUGGACCUAUUGUUCCUCCUCUUCUAUUCCAUCUGUCUGUGCUGCCGGCGGAAAAAAAAUGAAGAGCAGCCCAACGCUGACUGCUGCUGCACGGCCUGGUGUGUGAUCAUUGCAACACUUGUGUGCAGCGCUGGCAUUGCUGUCGGUUUCUAUGGGAACGGCGAGACUUGUGAUGGAGUGAAUCGGCUGACGUAUUCCCUGCGCCAUGCUAACCGCACAAUCACUGGGGUGCAGAAACUGGUAUAUGACAGUACAUCCUCAUUGAACCAGACUGUAGAUGACGAUCUGCAACAGCUUGAAGGCGAGUACGCACAGCACGCAGACUACCUGUCCAUCAUCCAAAAGCUGCAGGGCCAGCUGGAUGAGCUGGUCCGGCAGAUGGUGGACAUUCCCUUCUGGGACAACGGCAACAUCUCCCUGGAGGAAAUCGCGGUCCAGAUUGAGCUGUUUGACUGGUACAGGUGGCUCGGCUACAUAGGCCUGCUUCUGUUCGAUGUCCUCAUCUGCCUCCUGGUUCUGUUUGGCCUCAUUCGCAACUCCAAGGGAACGCUCAUAGGCGUGUGCUUGUUUGGUGUCGUUGCUCUGGUUAUCAGCUGGGUCACCCUGGGGCUGGAGUUGGCCGUCUCUGCGACAUCCAGUGACUUCUGUGUCGCCCCUGAUAUGUAUGUGACCAAAGUGGUAAACCAGUAUACAGCCAUCGAUCAAGAUAUCCUGAAGUACUACCUAAGUUGCAGUGUGGAACAAACCAAUCCCUUCCAGCAGAAGCUUUCCGGGAGCCACAAAGCUUUAGUGGAGAUGCAGGAUGAUGUAUCUGAGCUGCUGCGCUCUGCCACCAGAGAGUAUAAACAAACUAAGGGAACUUUGGAAGAGAUCCAGGGGAUCCUGAACACCACAGAGAUCAGUCUACAUCAGCUCACAGCCCUGGUGGACUGUCGCAGCCUUCACAUGGACUACGUCCAGGCCAUGACAGGACUGUGUUAUGACGGGUUGGAAGGCCUCAUCUACCUCGUGCUCUUCUCCUUCAUCACCGCCCUCAUGUUCAGCUCUAUUAUUUGCAGCGUGCCGCACACCUGGCAUAGCAAGAGGGGCGACGAGGACAGUGAGGAUGAGUCUCUGAGCCACGGGGGACGGCAAAACCACGAUAAUCUGUACCGGGUCCACAUGCCCAGCCUGUACAGCUGUGGCAGCAGCUACGGCAGCGAGACCUCCAUUCCUGCUGCAGCCCACACCGUCAGCAACGCACCUGUCACCGAGUACAUGGCACAGAACGCCAACUUUCAGAACUCCCGCUGUGAAAACACGCCUCUGAUAGGACGAGAGUCUCCUCCCCCAUCGUACACCUCCAGCAUGAGGGCCAAGUACCUGGCCAACAGCCGACCAGACCCCAACAGCCGACCAGACCCCAACAGCCGACCAGACCCCAACAACCCUCCUGCACACGAGCAGCGCUGACGUCUCCCGAGGUCUGUCUGCACUCCAAUCCCUCAUCCUGUCAGCGGGCUCUUAAGUCUCAUUGAAUCAAAAGCAUCGAAACAGGAGUGCACAUGUUCCUCCUUGUCCAUUUCCCACAAUCCUCAGCUGACGUUCAUAGCUGCAAAAAAAAAAAAAAAAUAGUUGUUGUUGGUGCUGGGAAUUUCUCUGCACCUCUGAUGUGAUGGAGCCUGGACUGAUGUUUACACUCCGAUCUUUAAUCUUUAUGAACCUCCACAUGAACGCACCACAACAUGAACAGUGUCACGCCUAACAGGGCGGUGCAGUGUUGAGGACUCUGGAAGUUGCUCAUGGACUAACACUGACUACUGGUUGUUUUACUUUGUAAAUUACUGUACUGCACCCUUUCAUUGCUUCUAGAGAGAAACAGAGAAAUGCCUUACACAUCAACAUGACAGGAAUGAACUGUUCUCUUCCCGACUGAAGUUUAGACGUUCUUUCUCACACUGAGCAUAGAUCAAACUGUCUUAGAAUAGCUCUUUCUUUCUUUUCAUUUUGUAAAACUUGAAUUGCAACCAGUCAAGUCUGAAUUACUCUCUGGUAAAUGUUGCCGUACUGUAUAUCACACAUGUACAUGGGCUUGUUUUUGCAUUUCCUUUUGAGUCUGAUGUCUGGGACCAGUUAUCCUGCAGUCUUACAGGUCUGAAUCCCCCCCCCCCCCUCAGGGGACACUGUUUUUCAGUGUGGCAUUUUUUUUGAACACAUUGAUGAGCCACUAUUCCACAGCAGUGACUGUUUCUUGUUAAUCUGUGGAUUUUUACUUUUUUGCAAUUUCUCGAGAGGAUAUGUUAAGGACAAAGAUGAACUGCAUGAUGGGGAAAAGCAACUGAAUUUAAAAGAAAGAUUCUCAGCCGAAUGAUGACGAUCUUCCUGAAGAAGAGAAAAGCGUUAUCUUCUUCAGUUUGACGAGAAGUUUUUAUACUACUGGAAGCAAAAACCUUUUUUUACAGCCCUUUGAGGACGACGGUGACGGUUGUGCGGGAUGUUUUUCUGCUACAUUCCUUUCAAAUAUUCAAUGAUUUGCCAAUUCACCAGACUGCUUGUUAUUCUCUCUACGUCCCCGUUAAAUUGAAGAGCCUCAUCAUUCUUAACAGAGCAGGAAUUGUCCACACACACACACACACACACACACAUCCUUGACUCUGCCAGAGAUGCUUCUCUCUUUAAAAGGCAGCAGUUCAUAGUCAAAAAAAAUCCUCUCACUGAUUAUUCCAAAAAAGAAACUGAAUGCAGGUUUAUGUAAAAAAAAAAAUAAAAAAAAAAAAAAAGAAUAGUGCAGCUUCUGAGAGAAUUUAAAAGUGAAAAUUGAUGCAUUGGCAAUGCAGUGUCUCUGAAAAUGUGUUUUAGCAUUUAUAACAAACAAAGUAGAUGGGAGUGAGGUGAUGCUGUGAAGGGACUGUAAAGACUCUGCCUUCUCUUCAAUGAGAGGUCUGCUGAUUCUCCUCUUGAAGCAGGCUGAUGUGGAGCAAUAUGUUCCUACGUCUGCAGCUUCAACUUGCUUCUGUCAGAAGUGCGUUUUGACCAGAUUUUGAGGCUGUGUGAACACCUUAAGCACAACUCUUUUUACAAUCUUAUUCUCUUUUUCGAUGUUUUUUCCAUUUUGGGCCAGUUUGUGAGGUUUGACAUGAAAGUGAACCUGACGUCUUGUUUUCACUCUGUAAACAUGAUCACACUGAUGCAAUCUUAAUUUUUCGAGUAGUAGUCAUAUUCUCUUUGUCGUUUGUUGUGCAAGGCUGUACAGUGUAUACAAAUUAUUCAAAAUGUAGAAAAAAAAAAAAAGUGGUUGAACAUGACUUUUUUUUUUAAUUUCAUAAAUGUUUUUUUCACCUUUUUUUUUAAAUUUGAUUUGCUUGUAGUUCUUUUUCUAUAUCAUUUUAGGAACUGUAGCACACGUGAUGUGUUGCUUCAUUAAUGUGAAUAUGGUAAAUAGAUUUUAAAUUCUCAUUGAGUUGUAUUUUGAAAAAUAAAAUCACUGUAGAUGUAAUCUUUUUUUUUUUUCUUUUCUUUUUUUUUUACAUCCUUUUUUGCAGUCUCUAAAAUGUGUCCAUGUAAAAACCUGUGGUUCUAUUGAGCUUGAAUGCUGUGUUUUAAAAUUAAACAAACUUUUAACUGUUAA